AUGUGUCUCUCGUCUCGCCUUCUAGAACCGUUUCUUUCUCGGACCCGGUGCUCCUCGAAAAGUCCGUUAGGCUCCAUAACUCAUAAGUGGCCAAGACAGCGCCGCUCACCAACAGGGCAAGAACAUCGACAGAUCCCAGAGGAGCUUGGCGCUGGCCUCCUGCUUGGCUUAUUUACAGUGGCAGUUUUCCUAGUCAUCGCUCCUGGCUCAGCCAACCACGAAGGCUUCCAGUCUAUCUAUCAUUCAGUCGAAUUCUCGUCAUCUUGGCAUCCGGUCGCCUUGUCUCUCUGCUUAAUCCACCGCCGUGAUUUGAUGCAAGGAUACAUCGGCGUCUUGUGGUAUUCAGUAAUUACCCUGUCGGAUUGUGUGCGCGUCUGCGGCACCAGUGGACAAUCGGUCUGGUGGCUCGCCUCUUCUUUCUCUCGUCACUCCUACGGAUAUAAUCGGUCGACGGGCAUGCCGUUUCCCAAGUCUUUACCCGCUUCUCUCGCACAGAAAGCAGGACUCGGUUCUUGUACGAGCCCCCAAGGAUACGAGCGCACCAGACAUGUGCCACGGAAUGCCCAGCAACGCCAACCUGGUCUUGGCAGCAAUAGAAAGAGGCUGACCCUCCCUCGUUUAUCCAUAGGAUCACCGCCAAGUCCAGGUUUGUGCCUGUUUGGGCAGGCCAAGGAGUGGACGGCCAUGUUCUCAAAAUGA